AUGGCUUCCCUAUUCACAUGGCUCCGGCGGCUUUACUCGCUCGAUACUCUUGACACUCGUUUUACGGCCACUGCCAUCACCCCUGCAAAUCCCAACUCCAGCUCCAGCUCCAACUCCGACACGCGACCCGCCGCAAAAGAUGCCCGCGCCAACUCGAUUGCUCAGAAUGCCCGUGCAUCACUCUGGCGCACGCCCGAAUUCUUCAUCUACUAUCUUUUCUUUAUUAUACUCGUUCCAUUGAUGUUCAAGACUGUGAUUGAUGCCUCGAAAGAAAGCAACCCAGCCUACGCUGCAUACUCCGACCUAUUAUCACCAGGAUGGAUUCCAGGUCGUUUAGUCGACAAUUCCGAUGCCCAGUAUGCAAGCGUUCGUGACAACAUCCCCUACCUUUUCCUGCUCCUCAUCGCGCACCCUUUAGCCCGCAGAGUCUAUCAGUCCUUCGCUAGUCGACCCAAUGUUGGAACAAAGUCACCGGUGGCUGCGGCCGGAGAAGUGCAACUCGACCAGCGCAUGCGCUUCGAUUUUGCAUUUGGAAUGAUCUUCAUCGUGGCACUUCAUGGGAUUUCAGCUUUGAAGGUGUUUUUGAUUCUAUUCAUCAACUAUCGAAUUGGCAAGAGUCUUCCUCGAGCUUAUGUUCCCGCCGCGACAUGGACUUUCAACCUCAGCAUCUUGUUCGCGAAUGAAUUACUCGGCGGAUACCAACUGGAACCCAUUGCCAUGUUCUUGUCCCCGGGAUCUGGAACGCCAGGAGAGAAAGCUACCCUGCUGGUACAGUGGGCCCGUUCAUUGGAUGAUAUGGGGGGUAUAAUGCCCCGGUGGGAAGUUCUGUUCAAGGUGACUGUGCUGCGUCUAAUCAGCUUCAACAUGGACUAUUACUGGAGCGUUGACUACCCCGCGGCAAGUCCUAUCGAAGCACUUGUCGCCUAUUUUGUCGAUCAUCAACUGACCGAGUUCUACAAGAAGAAACAACUCGACCCCGCAACCCUCUCCGACAGGGAUCGUGUUAAGAUUCCUGCUGAGCCAACGGCUUUCACCCCGCGCAACUAUGUCGCUUAUAUUCUUUAUUCGCCAUUAUACUUGGCUGGCCCCAUCCUGACCUUCAACGACUACGCGUCUCAACAGCGAUAUACUGCGCCUUCAGUGACCUGCACCCGUACCAUCCUUUACGGCGUCCGCUUUUUCCUAACUUUCCUCUGCAUGGAGCUUAUACUUCACUAUAUUUAUGCAGUGGCUAUUUCAAAAGCCUCGCCAAAUUGGUCCAUCUUCACUCCAGGCCAACUCAGUAUGCUGGCCUUCUUCAACCUCCACAUCAUCUGGCUGAAGCUACUUAUCCCCUGGCGAUUCUUCCGUCUUUGGGCUCUCGUUGACGGAAUUGACCCUCCGGAAAACAUGGUCCGCUGCAUGUCCAAUAACUACUCUGCCUUUGCCUUCUGGCGUGGCUGGCAUCGCUCCUUCAACCGCUGGAUUGUGCGAUACAUCUAUAUCCCUCUUGGUGGUGGCGGUGGUGGUCAUCGCCCUGCGGGCGCAAAGCCCUCCUCAUCACCCCCCUCAUCUGGCCUUAUGUCCAAGGCUCUUCAAAUCCGCAACUUCUUGUUGGUAUUCACUUUCGUCGCUCUCUGGCACGAUAUCAACCUCCGUCUAUUGAUGUGGGGCUGGCUUGUGACGCUCUUCGUUCUGCCCGAGGCCCUAGCUGGCAUGAUGUUCCCCGCUAAGCGUUGGCGUUCUCGUCCUACAGCAUAUCGUGUUCUCAGUGGCGUGGGAUCUGUUGCCAACGUUCUUAUGAUGAUGAUUGCUAAUCUUGUCGGAUUCGCCCUUGGCUUGGACGGACUGAAGGAUCUGCUUGCAGGGCUUACCGGCUCAUAUGCCGGCCUUGCUUAUAUGUUUUCCUGCUGCGUUGUGCUCUUUGUCGGCGUGCAGGUCAUGUUUGAGAUUCGGGAGGAUGAAUUGCGCAUGGGCAUCAACCUGAAGUGUUGA